AUGGAUCGAAUAAUAGACCUUCUUACGACAUACUUGGAGCAACCAUUCGAUGUGAAUGAUGCACCCGAUUCAGAUGUUGUCGAUGCCAGUCAGCCAUCAUCGUCGGCAUCGUCAUCGACAACAACAACAACACACAUAAACGGUACAGAUGAUACAACAACCACUACAACUACAAACACUGCACCCGAUCAUCAUCAUACUGUACCAAAGCCAAUAUCAUUAUCCUCGUCAUCAUUGGAUCUAUCAACAAACCCUGCCUAUGACAUCUUCUUCCAGCCUCUCAAGACACUCACAUUGGAUCAAGUAUCCAAGCUUGCCUCAGACCUCAUGCAGAAUGAACCAAUCUCUCAACUGAUCAUCAAGAAGAUAUGUUCACCAGGCUUCUCUCAAUCAAGGAAUGAGUUAUUGUGUCAAUGGUUCUAUUGUUGGUUCAAUUUGGAAUCAAUGCAUACCAAGCGAUUCGUUCUAUCGUUUGUGCCAGCCUUGGUUUGGGUGUUCCUUCAGGGCCCAAGCCCACUUGCACACAUUGGCAUUGAAGCUGUGUUGAUUGGCAUCUAUAACAACGAGCUGGUUAAGCGCGAGGGCCUGGAGAAGGUGUUCCUGCCUCCCAACAUCACCCUGCCAUCAUUCAUUUACAAGUCGGUCGUCGUCGACAAUGAGUCUGGCCUGACUGAGUCCACACUCAAGCAGCUGAACAGCCACGCCAGCGGCGUCGUCACCGAGCGUCCUCUGACAAAGAUCGAGGAGAUCACCACGUCAAACCGCACACUGUUGUUGCGCACAGUGAUCUCGGUGUACACUGGUCAACUCGUGUCGAUGCCUCACCUAUCACGCACCAUCUUUAGCGAGAUGUGCAUUCGUGUUUCGGCCACCGGCUACCCCUUCCUGCCAUUGGCCCAGGACACACCACUGAGCGAUGAUGACAGCGACAGCAACAUGCGCAUCUCAACCUCGAACGGCAUCGACCUGCCCAAGGCCAGCGAAGUGACUAGCUCCAGCUCAACACUACGCGCCAGUGGCAGCCAAGCGUCGUCGUCAUCAACCAAUCUCAUUGAGCGACAACGUCAAGAGUACGACAGGAAACACUUUAGGAUGACCAGCUACCUCGAGCUCAGCCAUCAUCGUCACAGCGACCACCAUCAUCAUCACAGUCAUCGCCAUCACAAUGGCACAAAUGGACACAAUGUAAACAACAGCAACAUCAACAACAACAACGUAAUCGAUACGUUGAUCAACAACCAUAGCCACAGCAGCAAGGGCAUCGUCAAGAGAUUAUUUAUAUCAGAGAGCGUGUAUCGCGAGCUGGUCACUGGCCUGACGUUCUGUGCCUUCCAGGAGGCCACCAAGGCCAUGUCCACGAUGGCCAUCAAAUCGAUCAAUGAGCGCGCCAACCACGACCUGGUGCCAGAGGUCAUGCUUUACACCAAUGCCCUGCUACAGCAGCUCAGACAGCCAAAGGCUGUUGUCGACACAAGGAACUAG